CUCCCCCGCGAGCGAGCGAGCGGUGACUUAAGCAACGGAGCGCUGCGAAGCCCAUUUUUCUCCCAGCUCGCACCCGCGCCGGGCAGCUCGUGGCGCGGCGCCUCCGCUCCGGCCCGAGAUGAAUGCUGCCGCAGAAGCCGAGUUCAACAUCCUGCUGGCCACCGACUCGUACAAGGUUACUCACUAUAAACAAUACCCACCCAACACAAGCAAAGUUUAUUCGUACUUUGAAUGCCGCGAAAAGAAGACAGAAAACUCCAAAGUAAGGAAGGUGAAAUACGAGGAAACAGUAUUUUAUGGGUUGCAGUACAUUCUUAAUAAGUACUUAAAAGGUAAAGUAGUGACCAAAGAGAAAAUCCAGGAGGCCAAAGAAGUAUACAAAGAGCACUUCCAAGAUGAUGUCUUUAAUGAAAGAGGAUGGAACUACAUUCUUGAGAAAUACGAUGGUCAUCUCCCAAUUGAAGUAAAGGCUGUUCCUGAGGGCUCAGUCAUCCCCAGAGGGAAUGUGCUGUUCACAGUGGAAAAUACCGACCCAGAGUGCUACUGGCUUACCAACUGGAUUGAGACUAUUCUCGUUCAGUCCUGGUAUCCAAUUACAGUGGCCACAAAUUCGAGAGAGCAGAAGAAAAUACUGGCCAAAUAUUUGUUAGAAACUUCUGGUAACUUAGAUGGUCUGGAAUACAAGUUACAUGACUUCGGGUACAGAGGAGUCUCUUCGCAAGAGACUGCUGGCAUAGGAGCAUCUGCUCAUUUGGUUAAUUUCAAAGGAACAGAUACAGUGGCGGGAAUUGCUCUAAUUAAAAAAUACUAUGGAACAAAAGAUCCUGUUCCAGGCUAUUCUGUUCCAGCGGCAGAGCACAGUACCAUAACAGCUUGGGGAAAAGACCAUGAAAAAGAUGCUUUUGAACAUAUAGUAACACAGUUCUCAUCAGUGCCUGUGUCUGUGGUCAGCGACAGCUAUGACAUCUAUAAUGCAUGUGAGAAAAUAUGGGGUGAAGACCUGAGACAUCUAAUAGUGUCGAGAAGUACAGAGGCUCCACUCAUCAUCAGACCUGAUUCUGGAAAUCCGCUUGACACUGUGUUGAAGGUCUUAGAUAUUUUAGGCAAGAAGUUUCCUGUUACUGAGAAUUCAAAGGGCUACAAAUUGCUGCCACCUUAUCUCAGAGUCAUUCAAGGAGAUGGAGUGGAUAUCAACACUUUACAAGAGAUUGUAGAGGGAAUGAAACAAAAAAAAUGGAGUAUUGAGAAUGUCGCCUUUGGUUCUGGCGGAGCUUUGCUGCAGAAGUUAACGAGAGACCUCUUGAAUUGCUCCUUCAAGUGUAGCUAUGUUGUAACAAAUGGCCUUGGGGUUAAUGUCUUUAAGGACCCAGUUGCUGAUCCCAACAAAAGAUCAAAAAAGGGCCGGUUAUCUCUACAUAGGACACCAGCAGGGAACUUUGUUACACUUGAGGAAGGGAAAGGAGACCUUGAGGAAUAUGGCCACGAUCUUCUUCAUACGGUUUUCAAGAAUGGAAAGGUGACAAAAAGCUAUUCAUUUGAUGAAGUCAGAAAAAAUGCACAGCUGAAUAUCGAACAGGAUGUGGCGCCUCAUUAGGCUGUAUUUGGCCUGGUUGUUAUGUAUGCAGUGUGUGUAGACAUACAUGCACGAAUGUGUGUGGGUGUGGGUGUGUGUGUGUGGGUGUGUAAUAACAUGUUCAUUGUACAGAUGUGUGGAUCUGUGUUUAUGAUACAUUGCAGCCAGAUUAUUUGUUGGUUUAUGGACAUACUGCCCUUUUUAUUUUCUUUUUCUCAGUGUUUAGAUGAUCUCAAAUUAGAAAAUACUUAUAACCAUGUACAAGAUUAAUGCUAAAGUAAGCUUUUUAGGGCCCUUUGCUAAUAGAUAGUAACUCAAUCUGGUGUUGAUCUUUUCACAAAUAACAGAACCAAGAAACUUUUAUAUAUAACUACAGAUCACAUAAAACAGAUUUGCAUAAAAUUACCAUGACUGCUUUAUGUUUAUAUUUAACUUGUAUUUUUGUACAAACGAGAUUGUGUAAGAUAUAUUUAAAGUUUCAGUGAUUUAACAGUCUGUUUCCAACUUUUCAUGAUUUUUAUGAGCACAGACUUUCAAGAAAAUACUUGAAAAUAAAUUACAUUGCCUUUGUCCAUUAAUCAGCAAAUAAAACAUGGCCUUAACAAAGUUGUUUGUGUUGUUGUACAUUUGGAAAUUAUGUCAGGACAUAUACCCAACAGAAUUACUAAUCUCACUGCCCUUGUAGAAUAUGCAUUGGUCAUUCUACAUUGAAGAGAAUAAUGGUUCUUCUUCCUCGAAUGUCUAGGCAUUGUACAGUUCUAGAUCUUGAUCAUUGUAUUGUACCAGUGAUGCCAAAUUCAAAAGGCCUGUUCUGCAAUUUUAUAUGUCAGAUAUUGCCUGUGGCUCUAAUAUGCACCUCAAGAUUUUAAGAAGAUAAUGUUUUUAGAGAGAAUUUCUGCUUCCACUAUAGAAUAUAUACAUAAAUGUAAAAUAUUGAAAGUGGAAGUAGUGUAUUUUAAAGUAAUUACACUUCUGAAUUUAUUUUUCAUAUUCUAUAGUUGGUAUGACUUAAAUGAAUUGCUGGAGUGGGUAGUGAGUGUACUUAUUUUAAAUGUUUUGAUUCUGUUAUAUUUUCAUUAAGUUUUUAAAAAAAUUAAAUUGGAUAUUAAACUGUA